AAUCAUAAGCGCACGAGGCUUUACCACGCGAGUUGCUAAACGUUUGCUCGCAGUGGGUCAGGGAUGCGGUGGGCUCAAUGUCACUGAGAUUAAUCAUCGACUGCAUACACAAUACGCCGUUUUAUCUACUCGAUACUAUUAAAUCUGGAAAUAUAUGACCAUCCCCACAAAGUCACCUCUUAUAGAGGUCCCCGGAUAUCCAAGUCUCUCCUUUCUAGUUCUGCUUCAUGUUUACUGGCAACAAUGUCCACCCAGAUCUGUAGAGUGAUGGAACUGGUGCUGCGUACAUCUUGCUGCCACACCAUCAGAAGUAGAUCCUGUUUUCGAAAGGCAGCACUGACCCCAGUGGGAUCCAUUCCUGGUAUUCCCGUACUUCAUAAAAGAGCCUACAGCUUAGACUCUCUUGGCCCUGGUCGGCCUUCACUGGGUCAAAGUUCCCAACAGCCACGCUCAGAGAGGACAUCAGCGUUGACACAUAGAAAACUUUCUGCAGCAGCUGUACAGGGCCAGUUUCGUCUUCUGUGUCAGGAUGACUACUUGGAUCUUAGGGAAGUAGAGGAGAAUGUACGACGUGCUCAGGCUUGUAAAACAAUCAGACACUUUGUUGUGGAUCCACAUCUGGCCAAUGUGAUAGCCCAGCAUUUAGGACCUGACCUACAGGACAGUAAAACUGUUAUCUUUGAAUGUAACCCAGGUCCAGGAGUUUUGACAAGGACACUAUUAAACGCCGGUGCUCAGAGAGUUGUUGCUCUUGAAGGUGACAAAUCCUUCUUACAUGAUCUGCAGGAGCUGGAGGCACGUCUUGAUGGUCAACUGGAAGUGGUUCACUGUGACUUCUUCAAAUUAGAUCCCAUCGGCAGCGGCACUGUGAAGCCUCCAACUAUGUUCGCUGACAAACUUUUCACUGACCUGGGAAUAUCUGAGGCCUCGUGGACUGAUGAUAUCCCAGUGAAGGUGGUGGGGAUCCUGCCCCAGCGAAGGGACCGUGGGAUGCUGUUGAAGAUGGUUUAUGCUUUGUUUGAGCGAUUGUCUGUCUACAGAUAUGGAAGAGUUGAGCUCAACCUCUUUAUUAGUGAGAGGGAAUACGAGAAACUGGCGUCACGUCCUGGUGACAUGAAGUCCUACAGAGCCUUUGGCUCCCUCUGGCAAAUGGCGUGUGAUGUUGAACUUCUGCACAAGGAACCCUGGGAGUCAUUUGUGGUGUCUUCAAGACAGAGUGUAUCUGGUCAAAGGGGCAAGCUACCAAAUGAUCACCUGUGCCUGGUGCGUCUUCGUCCUCGGGCGGACCUGUUCUCCGCGGGCCUUACUCCCUCUAACGCUUCAACUCUGUUGAUGAUGGUCAAACAGUGUUUGGCGAAGAGAAAGGUCAAGCUCAUCGACAAAAUCAAUCUCUGGUCACCAGACAGUGGGAGCAAGCUGUUGUCAGAGUUAGGCUUGCCAGAGGACAUCCUGACAGGCCACGUGUUCCCAGAGGAGUAUCUUCGUCUUUUCCAGUUGAUGGACAAGAGUCAGGAGUUCACACAAAGCUGGCUCUACAAAGAAAUCUUGGAGAACUCUCAGAUGGUGGGCUGGGGCUGAAAAAAGGACAUAUGUGAAGAUUUAAUUAAUCCAAACAGAAUUCAAACAAGUGUGUAUUAAAUGGUCAUGUAAUAUAAAUGUGUGAUAUAUUAAAACCAACAGAUAAAUACAUAGAAAACACGAUGAGUAAUUUAUGAAGUUAUGAAUAGUUUUAUGGAGGAAGUGUUAAGAAAAUCUUAGUAGGUUUGUUUUGCCACCUGUUGUAUAAGAUGUAAUACACUUUACAUGGAAGUUAUUGCCAACUGGAAAAAGUAUUUAUGCAGCAGACAAUGCAAGUCUGUGUUCUGCAGGCAUUUUUCCAUCUGCAGUUUUUGAGUCUAUGAUGUUACAGCAAAUAUACAUCAAAACCUCCCUGUGUGUGAUUGGAUGGACAUUGUAGUGUGAAAGGCACUAUACAAGUUUGGGUCAUUUAUCAUAUAUUAACAUGAAGUGGCUGUAUGUAUGUAUUCCUUGUAAGUACAAUCACUAAAUAUUAAAUCUUUUUUAUUGUAAUUUGAAUUAGUUAUUUAGAACGUACUUAUCCAUAUUAUUACCAUUAGAGGGUUCCUAUGGUAAAUGAAAUUAACACGCACUUCAUAAUACUUUUUUUGUCACCCUUCCAAUAAAAUUUUACUUUUCCAUUGA